GCGAGACACGUGACCUCACUCACUAAUUUUCGCGCCAGUGUAUUCACGCGCAAGUAAGAAUCACCUUUACUAACCUGUGUGACUGGCAAAUUAUUCUUUUAUUAUGGGGGUUUGUAUGUCAAGAAAAGAGAUCCCUGAUGAAAUUUAUAGAUAUUGGUCUGCUGUAGCAUCUUCUCUUCGCCUCGGCUGGCUUGGGACGAAUAACGUGAGGACGGAGAUGAAAGCGUGCCAACUUGCCCUUUUUCCUAAUCUGUUGAACUCCUCAGCUGUAGAAGAAGAUAUUCUUGGCCUGGAGGAACAUCUACGUGAGGGUGCUGAUGUCUCAAGUGGUGAUGAGCGCGGUCGGACGCCUCUUCAUGUGGCAGCAGGAGAAGGCCAUUUAAACGCUGUUCGCUUCUUGCUGCAGCAGGGAGCAGAUGUGAAUGCCACUGACUUUUAUGAAGAAACUCCACUUCGAGAUGCCAUACGCUGCAAGAGUUUGGAGGUGGUGGAGCUGUUAAUUUCUGCAGGGGCACGUUUGGAAAAAUCCUCAGAGGAACUUGGGGUUGAGAUGUGCUGUCUUGCAUUUCUUGGAGACACAGAACAGAUGGAGGCGUGGAAGAAGGCUGGAGUCAGUUUUAACGUUUCUGAUGCUCACGGUCGAACUCCCUUACAUGUGGCGGUGUGUACUGAUCAACCUGAAACGGUGAAGUUCUGUAUCCGCAAUGGAUCGGAUCUUGAGAACUUUGUGGACCCACCAAAGCCGUCAAGCAUGAAGUUAAUUAGCUGUGGAGAAGGCGUCUCUGUUCAUCCCCCACACACUGCUGUCUCAUUUCCGUCCCCACUGGAGAUCUCUCUCACACACACACACACACACACAUUGCAGAGUCUCUUCACACAACAAACACGCUUCGUACUGUUUGCCAGCUGGUGGAGUCACUCACAGGCCUAAGAGCACAUCCCAAGUCAGUCUUUGUGUUUAACUUUUGUCACCUCUACCUGUACUGCAGUCCUGAGAGCAGAUCCCAGAUCAGUCUGCUGUCUGUGUGCUGAUCUUUCAGGUGGGUGACAGAUAAUUAAUGGAUAGAAGUGAAUAGAGCUAAAAAACUACUUAUAACUUUUAAAAUCUUGCUGGGAAAUCUCAUAAUGUCAGGGUUGGAGAGCAUUCCAUACCUGUCAAAUGUAAUUUUAAUGGCAUUUUUUAAAUUGAAAGACUGAUCUAAAUUGGUGGUGCUUAUCUUUUUAAAACUGACUCGUGAAGGCUAACUGAAAAGUAACUUGGAAAAACUAAAGACUUUUGGGAAACGUUUGUCAUUAUAUAACUUUCAGUCCUGCAAUUUGAUUGACCAAGUGGUGUACUAUAGGACUGAUAUAUAUAUAUAUAUAUAUAUAUAAUAUAUAAUAUUAAUGGAGCAACAGAUUUUUUGUGGAAAUAAAUCAUUCAAGUUGUUUAUUUUAAAAAUCUUAUAAAUGUAUGAGGUGGCAACCCACACACGGGGUAAAAGGCACACGGUAUUGAUACAAAUACUUCAGCUAAAAUAAUGUUUUUUUAACCUCUUAACUGUCACCGUCCACCCUGUGGGACGCCUACGUUUACUUCACUAUUUUACAAUUAAAUCCUAAUCUAAUCAUGACAAACUAUAUAUCGUUGGAAAGGUCUAAGACUCCUAAAUAGGUAUUUUACCACUUUUUUUGUAAAAAAAUUAUGUAGGAAAAGUAAUAGAUUAAUUUAUGACAAGAGUGCACCUGAAAAAUCUACAUCAUAACAGGAGUUCUGACCUUUGUCACAGAAAGUCUUCUUAGUUGCCUUUUUCUCUAUCACGCUUUAGAAAUCAUAAGAAAUUAUGUAUCAGUUGAAAACUUAAAAUCUCAAAAUUCAUCCUUUGAAACCCAUUUUAAAAUCAGACAUUGCAUUACCAUGGAAAUGGUGCAUCAAAAUCACGUUGGAAAAUGUUUUCAUUCAUGAAUUAUAAAAAAAUAAGUUUGGAUAGUGCACUAUCAUGUCUGUGUUCAAAACUGUGAGUGACAGUUAAGGGGUUAAAAUAAUGUCUAAGUUAAUACUUGUUCAAAACAAUCACUUUAGCAAAGUUUGUACUAUUUUCUGCUUAUUUUGAAAAAUAUAAAAUAUGCUGUCAUUAAAAUAUGUUAAUAUAAAAAAAGUAAAGAUUAUGAAAGUAUUGAAGGAGAUCCAAUAAUAAUUUAAUAUAUAUUUACAGUAGUAACAACACAUGUGAUCCUGGACCGCAAAACUAGCGGUUAAGUCGCUGGGGUAUAUUUGUAGCAAUAUACAAAAAUACAUUGUAUAGGUCAAAAUGAUCCAUUUUUCUUUUAUGCCAAAAAUCAUUAGGAUAUUAAGUAAAGAUCAUGUUCCAUGAAGAUAUUUUGUAAAUUUCUUACUUUAAAUGUAUCAAAACUAAAAUUUUGAUUAGUAAGUAAUAUGCAUUGCUAAGAACUUAAUUUGGACAACUUUAUAAAGGUGAUUUUCUCAAUAUUUUGAUUUUUUUGCACCCUCAGAUUCCAGAUUUUCAUGUUUUUAAAUAUGAUGGUUUCAUUCUAAACAUGGUGAUUAUCUCUAAUAUGGACACCCAACCUAAUAUAUGAUAUUUACCAUCUGAAUCCAACCAUGUCAUGUCAACAAAUGGAAAAGUCAGCCAUCUAUUAAUUAUCAUGUUAAUUACUGUGCACCUUUAUCCCCAACAGCAGGGGCGCUUUUUACCCCAAAUACCAUACUUUUACAUAUUCUUCGUUAUUUAAAAACUGUUGCUUUAAUUAUCUCAAACAAAACUGAAAAUCAUAAAGAAGACCUUUGUCUCAAAAAAUAUGCAUUAAUUGGAGCGAUUCUCAUUUGCUACUUAAAUCUACAACAUUUUAAAAAACAUAAAAUAUUAGAUCAAGUAAGCACAGAAUCAACUUGCAUCUUGAAAAGUGAAUGUUUUGGAAAGUGCUAAGCCAUGUUUUUGUGCCAUCUAGUGGUUUAGAAUAAUAUAAUAUAAUAAUAAUAAUAUUAAAGGUGCCUUUUACCCCAGGGCGCCUUUAGCCUUCAGUCCUGGGUUGGACUGAAUUUGUUUUUACCUCCACUGUAACUGAAUUCCCCACAAAAUGUUCAUGCUUUGAUGAUAACUUAUGUUUGAUCACUGUUAAAACUAGAAUGUCCACUAAUGUGUUUAUUUACAAAAAAGCAUGAGUGGAGAAAAAUGAGGAAAUUUUAUUUUUAUGUAACAUUUCCUAAAACAGCUAUUUAAAUAUAUUAUUUCUAUACGCUAUACACAAAAAGAAAAGGGGAAAAAAAGACAAAAGACAAUAAUUAGGCUGAAUAAGCUGAUCUAUAGCAUGCUAAAUGGUGGUAGGAAUGGUCUAUGAAUGGUACACCCCCCUAAGCUCACAUAAAUGGUUUGACCCAAGUCUUCAGCAGCCAAUGAUACUGACCCGUUAAAGAAAUAGCAGCCAAAAACAACCUAAUAACCAGCUGCUGUGAUGUCUGUUUAUCAAGAAUAAAAGAAAAAAGAAGAAAUCAAUAACUUUCAUAUAGCUGUAAGUAUUUCUGUAUUUAGUUUAGAAUUUAGUGUUCGAUAACUUUAUUCAAUUUCUGUAUAUUUCUGCUGAGGGGCACAGGUAGCCUAGCUAAAUAUAACAUUUAUUAAAAUGGGUUCAUGUGAAGAUUGUUUUAAGUUCACUUAAAUUAGAAGUUAUUUUUAAAGUCUAAUAAAUGUUAAAAUUGAUAGCUCUUAAUUAUAAUGUAAUGUUUAAUGGCUAUAGUCAAUAGUUAAAUAUUAGGGGAUUUGUUUUUAAAGGGAAAUCAGUAUUACUUGGUAUCAGUGA